AUGUGUGAUUCCAUGGACAGCGUGAAGACUGAAUCUGACCUGAUUAAAGAGGAGCUCCCUGAACUUGAAGUGGUCCCCAUUACAUUACUAUCUGCACUGGCUUCCCUCCCCAUUAAACAGGAGCUCUGUGAGAUCAUGCCAUGCAGCGCGAUCAAGCCAGAGGGGAGUGCUGGGAUUAAAGCUGAACCCAGUGAAUUGGGGAUCUGCCAGACUGAAAAACCAGUUUCCUUGAAAGCAGCCCCCCCUGCGCUGGGUCCUGUAUGCCUGCGGGCAUGUAGUGUGGUGCUGAAGAGAAUCUGCCUGAGAGUGCAGGAUGCUGGAGCGGGAGCCAGCUCUCCCAACAGCAUGCAAGGAUGUGGAAAGGAAGACGGGGGGAGCUCCCAUUCAGAGUGCAGUCCAGCAGGUUCCAGAACAGCAGCUAAAGUAAGGGCGAACAGUGACUGUGGGAAUGGUGUCACCAAGUCAGGAGGUUUUAGAAUACUCCAGCGACCACGCAGUGGAAAGAAACCAUAUCUCUGCUCUGACUGCGGUGAGAGUUUCAGUUGGUCACGAAACCUUACAUCUAACCAGCGAAUUCACAGAGGAAAGAAUCCAUAUCACUGUUGUGACUGCGGGAAGAGUUUCAGUUGGUCACGAAACCUUACAUCUAACCAGCAAAUUCACAGAGGAGAGAAACCAUAUCACUGUUGUGACUGUGGGAAGAGUUUAAAUUGGUCACGAAACCUUACAUCUAACCAGUGAAUUCACAGAGGAGAGAAACCAUAUCACUGUUGUGACUGUGGGAAGAGUUUCAGUUGGUCACGAAACCUUACAUCUAACCAGCGAAUUCACAGAGGAAAGAAACCAUAUCACUGUUGUGACUGUGGGAAGAGGUUUAAUCAUUCAGUAGCCCUUGCAAUACACCAUCGAAUUCACACAGGAUAGAAACCGUAUCAGUGUUCUAACUGUGGGAAGAGGUUUAAUCAUUCAGUAGCCCUUGCAAUACACCAUCGAAUUCACACAGGAUAGAAACCGUAUCAGUGUUCUAACUGUGGGAAGAGGUUGAUUCAUUCAGCAGCCCUUGCAAUACACCAUCAAAUUCACACAGGAGAGAAACCGUAUCACUGUUCUG